ACACUUGUAUUAAGCUUGAAUGACUCUGAGUAGUUUAUCGUGUACCACGCGAACGCCUUGACAGGGUUUCAUAUAGAAGCGCCACGCCUCAGAGCAACAAGACUAAAAUUAUAUUGCUGGUCAGAUAUAUCCGCUGCAAGGAUGGGUAAAGGAGGCACUCGCUUCGUGGGCGACUCGGUCAGCGUCCGGUCAGGCAAACCGAGUGCGGGAACCAGUUUGCGGGAGAUAAAGAAGAACAUCGACAAGUUUCUCGAGACGGGUAUGCACCCAGAGCUGGAGCGUAUGCGACAGGAGCACACGCUGCAGAUCCCCGCGCUCCCCGACCUGGACAUCAACCGCCCCUUUGUGUUCAUGGACAUUGCGGUGGCCAACAAGCCCAUGGGCCGGCUGGUGAUUGAGCUGUUCGAGGACCACGUGCCGCAGGCCGUCACGCACUUCCGCAACCGCUGCAUGCCGGGCUCCGCGGCGGGCCUGGCCGGCACCGCCUUCCACAAGCUGCUGCCGCGCUUCGCGCUGUACGGCGGCCGCAACCCGCGCGCCAGCGACGGCGUGCGGCUGCCCUCCAACCCCCACAUCCGCGCGGUGGAGGGCGGGCUGGUGGCGGUGGGGCUGGACGGCGAGGACGUGGUGCUGCUGCUGGACCGCGCGCUGGCGCUGGACUCCAGCCACCAGGUGGUGGGGCGGGUGCACAAGGGCAGGGAGAUGCUGGACAAAGUCGGCGACCUGCGCACGUUGCCGCCCGACGACGCGCCGGCCCAGCGCGUCACCAUCACGCGCUGCGGCCCCACCGACCGCCACGGCACCCACGAGGCGCUGGAGGACGCGGCGGGCGGCGCGGCGGGCGCGGCGGCGCGGGCGCAGAGCGCAGCGGCGCGGCUGGCGGAGGCGUCGGCGGAGGCGCGCUCAUCCGUGCUGGACGCGCUGAGCGAGGGCCUCAAACGGAAACGCAAGCCGGCGGCGGCCGCGGCAGCGGACACAGGCUCGGACUCAGACGAGGAGGACGAGGAGGACGGCGAGGGCGGCAAGGGCGCAAAACAGAAGCGGGAAGGCACAGCAGAGGCGGAGGCAGCGGGGGGCGUGGGGCCUUCGGGCUCGGCGGCGGGGACAGGCGGGCCGGGUGGGGCGGCGGCGGCGGCGGCGGCGGGAGUCGCUGCUGCGGCACCGGCGGCACCCAAGGAUGCAGCGGCGAAGGCGCAGGCGGCGGCUCGGAAUGUGAAGGCGCGGAUGUUGGACAGCAUGCUCGGAGACCUGGGCGGCAGCGAUGAGGAAGACAGCGACAGCAGCGGCAGCGGCGAGCAGGGGUAGCAGCGAGCAGGGGCACUCGUCAAAAGCAGAGUCGGUGGCGCAAGGCGGUUGAGGGAUGCCAUCUUUGAUGAGGGUCGAGAUCGGAGGGGACAGUCUGCACUGUAACAGUAUGCGAACGCGCGUAGAAUAUGAGCAUUAAGACCAAUCAGCAACAAAGAACAGGCGGUGGGUUCAGCGGCUUGUUUGUCGACAGGGUUUUCGCGAGACUUCUUUUCCUUUUCAAUAUAAAG